AUGACUCAUCCAUUAUUAAAUAGCAUUUUUUCUGAAACCUAUAAAGAGCUUCAAACAUUGCAACAAGAUUUUUCUUAUUUUCAAACACAUUUCGUAACUAUUAACAGCAACAUUUCUGAAUUAAAUUUAGAAAAUAAUGAUGAAAUUUUAGACAAAGUAAAAGCAGAGAAUAGUGAAUUUUUAGUUAUUACAGAAACUCAAUUACAAAAAUAUCAACAACUUUUUAAAAAAACUGAAAUUAUUGAAGGCGAUAACUUAGGUGAUAUUGAAAUGCAACUCUUAGAUGAAGAAAUCAAACGAAAUAAUGACAAAUGUUUCAAAAAAAAUAUAAUUGAAACAUCAUGUUGUCAAAAUAAUUGUCUAAAAGAUAAAAUUAAUACUGAAAGAGCUUUUUUGAGAAAUUCAAAUUUUCAAAGUUUAUCAAAAAGUAAUCAAGAUUCUUUUUUAAUGGGUUAUCUUGUCGGUAGUUCAGGAUCACAACAUGUAACAGUAACAGGUAAUAAAAGGAUUAAGGCAGUUUGUGAUUAUUCUUUUGACGCAAAAGAAAUCUGUUUGAAAGCUUUUAAAUUUGUUUAUGGGAUCAGAACUACAAGAUGA